AUGUCUCUCGAGUCCUUUACCCUUUCUGCCCCUCCCGACACCGACGUCUGGAAGAAGCCCCCUUCCCACAAUGUCUACAACGCCCCCACCAAGGCCGUCCCGACCAAGUCAUUGAGCCAAUUCAAAUCCGCCAAAAUCACCUUCUCUGCAGACUGGACCGAGCAAUACGACCAAGGAGGUCUUAUCCUCACAUUCGACUCCCUCUCCGGCCGCGAGCGGAGGUGGAUCAAGACGGGCCUGGAGUACUACAACGGCACCCCGCAGAUCAGCACCGUAUCCUGCCACCACUGGGCCGACUGGAGCAUCGUCCCACUCGCCGCCUUCGAAGACACCAAGACCAUCACUGUGCUCGUCGAGAAGGCCCAAGACCAACUCGGCUUGGGGCUCUGGGUGUACUACGUGAAGCAGGACGGCACCAAGGAGCCGCUGCGUGAGAUUUGCUGGGUGUACGGAGACGACGACGCCUCGGGCAAGGACUGGAACUUGACAGUCGGCGCUCUUGCCGCCCGGCCAGCGAAGGAUGCAAAGGGCAAUCUUGAGGUUCAGUUCAAGGACUUUGACGUGCAGUGGGAAUAA